UCUUUGCUGCUGGGCUGUCAGUCAUUCAGAGCGAGCCUCUGUACUGACACACACACGUACGGACACACACACACAAACAGAGACGUAUAAACAGAGACAGCAUCAUGGACGUCCUGCUGCCCUCCAUGCUCGAGGAUCCGAACCUCUUGGCAGAACCAGCGGUGCAGAUCUUCGAGCAGCCGAAGCAGAGAGGAAUGCGUUUCAGGUAUAAAUGCGAGGGUCGCUCAGCAGGAAGCAUCCCGGGAGAGAAGAGCAGCGACAACAGCCGGACCUACCCGAGUCUGCAGAUCUUGAACUACAGCGGUAAAGGAAAGGUGAAGGUUUACCUGGUGACGAAGAACGAGCCGUACCGUCCUCAUCCUCACGACCUGGUGGGGAAAGACUGCAAAGACGGAUUCUACGAGGCCGAGUUCGGACCCGACCGUCGAGUAAUCGCUUUUCAGAACCUGGGUAUUCAGUGUGUGAGGAGGAGGGAGGUGAAAGACGCCAUCAUUCAGAGGAUGGCGAGGAAGAUCAACCCCUUCAACGUACCACAGGAGCAGCUGCUGCAGACGGAGGAGUACGACCUGAACGUGGUGCGUCUGUGUAUCCAGGUUUACCUGCAGGACGAGAACGGACAGUACACCAGAGCUCUGAACCCCAUCGUCACCAACCCCAUCUACGACAACCGAGCCCCGAACACAGCCGAGCUGAGGAUCUGUCGGGUCAAUAAGAACAGCGGCAGCGUUAAAGGAGGGGACGAGAUCUUCUUACUAUGCGACAAAGUCCAGAAAGACGACAUCGAGGUGCGAUUCUUCUCCUCCGAUGGCUGGGAGGCCAAAGGCUCCUUCUCUCAGGCUGAUGUUCACCGUCAGGUCGCCAUCGUCUUUAAGACUCCGUCCUACUACAACACCUCCAUCGUCGAGUCCAUCACCGUGCAAAUGCAGCUACGUCGACCCUCUGACCAGGAAGUCAGUGAACCAUUGGACUUCAGAUAUCUGCCCGAUGACAAAGAUCCUUACGGCUACAACGAGAAGAAGCGCAAAAGAGAAAACCUGAUGAGGAUUUCAGGACUGUCCGGUGGUCCUUUCGCUAGUCUAUCCAUGAACAGGCCCAAGGCUUUCCCUCAGAGUACCAUGGGUCACAUGAGGAAAGCAGACAUCAACAGUCUUUACCUGAGGCCGCAGCACACACCUGUGAUGCACCAACAACAGGUAUUCAACCAGCAGUACCAGCCGGCCCCUCACAGUGUCAUGAUGCCAUCUCAGGGUCCUAAUGUUCCUGUCAGCCAUCAGUGGGCCAACCCCAAUCCCCCCAUCUCCAUGGAAACAGUCACCAUCAGCCCAUCCGGUGCCGUGAACAACCUGUCCCAUCCUAACUCCAGGCCACAGCCAAGCCGUGCACCCAGUAUCCCCCAAAGAGUAGAGCACAGCUUUGAGAAUAACUUUCUCCCUGAGCUCUCCGUGACCGACCUGCAGUGCUUGGAACAACAGACACCUGGACAGAGCCAGCCAGAGUCUCAGACCCUCUUCCACCUGCAACACCAAAGGCCGGGGCUCCCCUCUGAGCUACGGACCCAGAAUCACCCACAGAACCAGAACCAGAACCAGGGUCUCGAGACUGGAUGGCCCAAUUUCAACCUCAUCAAUCCUGUCCAAAACCCGUUUAAUGGGUCCGUACCUGGAGGUGGAGGGGUCUCACAGGGUCAGGGCUCUUUCCCCUUCCUGGAGGGAAUUGAAGGGGAGGAUUUCCUGAAAGGUCUGGUGGGAGGAGAUUCUCAGGCUGGCUUCCAUUUAAAACAAGAGCCACAGGUACUAGAAAACACUGCUCCUGUCAUGCACUCCCCGAGGGAAAGCCAAAGGAACACCUACACCAACCUGCUCCCCCGUCCAGCCAGCAAUGGCACCAACAUGGAUCCAAUGAGGAGCGGGAACACACAGCCCCUCAAAAACCUGCACAGUCCUGAUGGCCACUUUCCGACUCUGGCUGACUACAUCAAAUCAACUCGACAAAGUAACUGAGAAGAGCUGCUUCCAUUAAUUGAACAGGAACAGCCCUAAGGACAGAGUUGGUCUAAUUCUUCUCUGUAGAGGGAGACAUCCAGCUUUUUCUGGUCAAAAUCUGAGUCUGCAUACUCUGGAGGCACCAGGUCGCGUUUUUACACCAGUAGGAAUGAGAUCAGAGCUAUGAUCACAAAGUCGUAUCAAUAACCAGACACAGGAAGGUGAAUCUUUUAAGAUGGAUGGUUUGUUUUCUUACAAACACAUCACACAGAAUUCUUCAGGAGUUUUAGAAACAUCACUUGUACGCUGAUGAUAUCCUGCUCUAUCUUUUUCAUCACUUUACGCUGAUGAUAUCACGUUCUAUCCUUUUCAUCACUUUACGCUGAUGAUAUCAUGUUCUAUCUUUUUCAUCACUACGCUGAUGAUAUCCUGUUCUAUCUUUUUCAUCAGUUGUACGCUGAUGAUAUCCUAGUCUAUCUUUUCCAUCACUUUACGCUGAUGAUGUCCUUAUAUUAUGUAAAUCCAAUGACAAACAAACUGUCAGAAUGGGUUUCCCAAAGAAUGACGCUGAACCUGAGUGGAGGAGUUAGCGUACGAGGGUCGUAACCUUUUUUUGCUAGCCUAGCUUAUAUUUGAAUGCUAGGUUUGUAUAGAUAUAUAUAUGACUUGUGCUUUAUUCUUUAACUUAUUAUAGUUUGUGUAAUCAGCUCAUCUUACUUCAGUUUCAUUCUCUUGUCUACACACAGACACAGGCACACACACACCUGUACCUCUUCUCUCUUACACACAGCGUCUUGUCCCGCCAUGCCUCGUAACUUUCUGUAACUUGUGUGUUUCUGCAUUUUUGACGAUAUUCAUCAGCAGUAUGUUAGAGAUGCUGACAAAGCAUCACUCGUCUUUUGAAAUGUUUCACUCGAUAUUCCAUUAUCACAUCAGGGUAUCCAUGCGAGUGGAGUCUUACUGAUGAUGAUCCGUAUCACAGCGCUCAUCCUAAACUAUGAGAGCAGGAGAGCAACGGCAUCAAGCAGCUGCAGAAAAAUAUUACAAUGAAGACAUAAGAUACUUCAGCUUUAACAUGAGCGUCAAACCUCAGUCUGUGUAUUUACAGGAAGGACUUACGGUCAGAGGACCUCUCUCUCUCUGUGAGGCGUGAAUACAUAAAAAAAACUUUGGCAACCAUACGUUUGCUUGGGCGGCCAGCGGGAGUGUCGUCUAUGUGUGGGAAACUUUGAAUUCAGAACGGGAUUAUCAUCUUGAUCAACUGAAAUAAAACGAGAACUUUUUUUACUCCUCCUGACACCCACAGUCAGCGAUCAUGCUGAGAACUGUUUCCUCCUCCUCAGCCCGCCUCGCCGUUGUAGUCGGUGAGGUCAUUGUUGUGCUUUUUGACCCAUCACUGACUUUGAAUGUUCACAUCAGGACACUGACUUGAUCCUGUCUCUUCCACCUGAUGUACAAAGUCACACUUAAAUCAAGACUGGAUGUUCUCAUUCUGGAUUAAUCUCAUCAUGUUUGGACUACUUAUACCCCCUUUGAUGGAUCCGCUUUACACCGCCUGUAGUCGAUCCACAGAGCUACUGUGAGGCUUUUAGCUCAGCCCAAUAGAUGGACACAUAUAAUACUUAUAUUAUCACCUGGGCUGGCUUCAUAUUGAUGUUGAAAUGAAUCUUAUAAUGUUCACAUACAGAUCUCUGUUUGGUCGGGCUGCAACACGACGUCACAAAGAGAGAUCUUUUUUGCAAGAAGUUUGACAUCAUGUUUUUUUUUUGUUUUUUUUUACAUUUAACUGCUCUCAACCCGCCCUCUGACACAUAGGUGUGUUUGGUGUCCAGCUGAUGGUUUGAGACAGACUUUUUCAUCCUCAAGGCCCAGUUGCCUGGUUGCUUGAUAAAAUAAAAAUAAUCCAGAUUUGGUAAUCCAUAUCUUUUCUACAAAAGGGUCAUGUAAUCCAGAUCACGUUAAUCACAGAGAAAAGAUGUAAAGAUCUGGAUAGCCAGUACUCUGAAGGGGCGCCAAAAUCCAUAAAGGCUGAAAAAUCCUCACAGCUGCUUUAAAGUUUCAUUUAAACUUUAAAUAAACCUCUUUAUCUCUGAAGCUAAACCGCAAUCUAAUGCAAAAAUAUUUUUUAAAGUCUUAAAAAGUAUCAACUACCCAGUAAAACUGUUGACAGAUUUAUAUGAUUUCUGAUAUGUUUUCCCAGAAAUCAAGUCUGAAUCCAGACCUUUACUGGGAUCAGGUUGAACUUUAAGUUUAAAGUUAUCACAAUCCUACUCAAAAGAUUUCAACAACACAGACAUCUGAUUUUGACUUCCUGAUCUUAUUUGUUUUUUUUAACAACCCAAUUUUAAGAUUGACUCAUAUCUGAUAGCUUUAAUCCUGUCACUUGACUUUUGAAAAUCCGGGCCCUGAUGAGGUCAUGAGACUGAGCUCACGUGAGUCCAGCUGGCUUCUGUUUGUGGCUGAAUCAGGUCCGAGGCUGUGAUGACGAUGAUGUCAGAAAGUACAGAAGGUUUCAUUCAAGACGUGAAUGUAUUUUUAGUUUCUUUAUUUGUCUACAUAUUGUAUAAAACAUUGUCUAGUUUGGGGGGUGGAUGUGAUUUUCAACAGAAAAAAAUAAUAUUUUGAAAGCUUCCUUAUUUCUUUGUAAAGAAUUCGUACAUAUUGUGUUCUAUUGCUCGUUAUAGCAGAGUGUUAGCCGUUAGCUGCUGUCAGCUAACAGCGAAACAUUCAGAUCUCUGAAAAGCUCUUAUACUGGCGGGUACUGAGACUUUCUUUAAGGAAGUGAGGGGAAGCACCUUGAGUAUGGCGUUUCCUCUGUAAUGACUAUGUCAUAUCAGUGAUCACAUGUUAUUCACAGAACUUAAACAGCAUGUUGUAUAGAUAUGAAUGUUUUAUUCAGCUUCACAGAAGCCGUUUCCACACAUGCACUCCUGAAGAUUUUUAGAAAAUUUCUGAGGGGCUUGUUCACAAAUCCACCUCACAGGGGGAGACCCUCCCUGUCCGGUGGGGGGGGGGGGGGGGUUAGUUUGAGAUGUUCACAGUAUCAGCAAAAUAGCAGAGAAGAACAUAAAGCAAACAAAGCUUAGCAAAGCAGUUAAAUACAGUAUGUGCACAGAGCUCAUACAGUCUACUGUAGAGCGUCAGUCACAGGACAUAAAUAUCUUCACCCCCCUUCCACUCGCUCGCGGAGAAUUAUCUCCGGCUGCGUUCACACAUACAGCUCAACAUUAAAAUAUCAGGACGUUUUUGUGCAUGCGUGGAAACACCGAGAGUUUCUCUGGAGACACAUGUCAGGGUUUAUGUCUGUCACCAGAAGCUUCUUAACAUGUCCUUUUUUUAACUUCACAAUGUUUGCUUUAAAUUGGAAUUUUAUAUUUUGAUGACUUUCUUUGUGAGAUUUGUUAUUUUUGGAUUUUUCUACCAUGAUUUCUUAUUAAACAGUCUGAUUCA